AGAUGUGAAUGAAUUCUGAAAAAAAUUUGCAUUAGCUAAUUGGUAAAUGACAAAUAUUUCCUUUAAAAAAUGAAGUAAUCUAGUGUGUAUUGUAUUGUCAAUUUCAUUUUUUUAUGACAUGUUAUUUUAUAAUGAUAGCAGAGUUCCUUUUUGCAACAUACUUAUAUAUUUUUAGUUAUAUGUACACAUAUUACUUGGCUACAUUUUCAUAUAGUCACCCUCAUUGAUUUAAAACAGAAUGAGCGUCAUAUUCCCUCAUAUCUUUCGCACAGAACAUAGUGAAACUCAUACAACAAACGCUGAGUACGGAGAUUUUUUCGUUUCAAGGCAAAGAGGCAAAAUAUCUGUUGGUCCAGUUCUAGCCACAGUGAUGAAAUGUGUUGAUUCUCAUGUUAAAAAUUACCUCAAAGACCUUAAAGAAGCCGUUUCAAUAAAAUCUGUUUCGGGUGAUAUGAAAUAUCGAAAUGACUUAAUUAGUAUGAUCAAAUGGACUGAGAAAUGGAUGAAAAGGCUAGAGUUCAAAUAUGAAUGUUUUUAUGUUGGUACUCAUACGCUAAGCGGACAAAAAGUGAAAAUACCACCUGUUAUUUUAGCAAGUUAUGGUCAUGAUUCCAAGAAGAGAACAGUUUGUGUGUAUGGCUAUCUUGAUGUAAAACUGCCAAAUCCAGAGGAAUGGAAAACGGAUCCCUUCACUCUAACUCAAGUAGAUAAGAGAUUCUACGGAGCUGGAACAUCUUCUGGAAAAGGCAUUCUUCUUUGUUGGUUCCACAUAAUUGAGGCUUUCAAAAAAACUCAUACUCCACUGCCUGUUAACAUAAAAUUCGUGAUUGAAUCUAUGAAUAACCAAAACAGCAUGGGACUUCAAGAAUUCUUGCAAACAAAAAAAUUAGAUUUUUUCUCUAAUAUAAAUUGCAUAGUCAGUUGUGAUGGCGAAUGGAUAGGAGAAAAGUAUCCUUGUAUAAUCUAUGGAACAGUAGGUCACUUGGUAUUUGAUAUAUAUGCUGAACAGAAAGAUGCUUCAGACAUUAAAUCUGAUAUGAAAACUCUUAUGGAAAAAAUAUUUGAUCCAGUUAAUGAGCGUAUUCUCAUUCCCACCUUCAAUGAUUUUGUCAAACAAAUAACACCAGAUGAGGAAGGUGUUUAUGAAGCUAUUCAGGAAUUUGAUAUAGAGAAAAUUAGGCCUUCCCUCCCAGCCAAUAAACAAAAAUGGGAUAAAGUAAAACUUUUGAUGCAUUUUUGGCGACUUCCUAACAUGCACAUAAGUGAGGACAUGGAAUGUGAAAAUUCAAAGCAAAUGCUUAAGCGGCAAGUUAUUAUCAAAUUAGUUCAGAGGCAAGUGAUGGACAAAGCUCAAGCACUCUUCACCUCUUUUGUGGAAAAUCAAAUAUCUGAACUUGGUAUCAAAAGUACAAUCACUUGCAAGGUGGUAAGCGCCAUUCGGCAUUGGGCAGAGAACAUAAGAUCCUGGAAUUACGAAGCUGCUAGGAGGGCUACCAUCCAAACAUAUAAGGAAGAACCUUCCUUCAUAAGAGAAGACCGUCCCAUGACUUCGAUCAGCACAUUAGAUGGUACUUUGGAGAAGAAUAUUUUGGUGUUGCCUCUUGUUGGAAAUGGCUCCAAUACAGGAGAAGCAAAUGAAAAUAUUUCAUACAGAAAUUAUUUCGAAGGAACAAAAUUGUUAGCUGCAUAUUUGAUACAAUUAGCUGAGGUGGAGGAUAUUGAAAAACCAAAUAUUUGAAAUUAUGCAAUUCACAUUACAUGUUUCAGCAUU